CCUGGCUUAAAGACGUCUCUUUUGCUAGUGCUCGUAUAAGUCGCGUUGUCGCUGUUUUUGUGAUAAGAAAGAUUCUCGUUUGUGUUUCAAUGUUUUCAGGAAAAGCUCCUCGGAUCGGCACGUAACUCGUAGGCGAAUUAUUGGCAAAAGAAGUCAGGUAGUGUUUCGGCAGCAGCGAAUAGUAACGGAUCGUGUGGAGUGAAAUCACGAACGGGAAAAUUGUGUGUCUCCUCCUUAUUCUCCGAUAUGUGCACACAUCAUGGUGGACAGUGAUUAUAUGAGGGACAAACAUCAUUAGCUUCGAGCUGUGCGAUUUUGUGUGUGGGAAUCUUUUUUGCCCUUCUGAGGGAGGGAUCCGGUGCCAGUGCAGGAAGUGUUUUGGAGAGGAUUUUCUACGUCGUGAAAUUACACAUUCCGAGUGGGAUUUCUAUCGGAGCUUAGUGGGACCCAGUGAAGUUGGAUCAGCUCUCCGAGCAGGUGAUUAUCUAAGAGAUAAAACUCGAUCAAACGACGACACUGUGCAAAGUCCACAUCUAAAAACGGAAACAACGAUCCGCAAAGAUGAUGGUUGUUAGGGGGCGAUGAACGUCUCGGCGGUGGCGACAUUCCUCGGUGCGAAACUGCUGCCAUCCAUCGCUGUCGCGAUGUAAACAGAUAGCAAGACCACGACGGACGGAUAACGAGAGAGUGAUCUAAACAAAAUCUUACACACAAACACAAGCCUGUGGUGCCGGUCGAGUGGAAGAAUUGAGGAAAAACAAGAUCCAACCGACGACAAACACCAACUCAAUCGAAACCCGAAAACACGUCUAGCAGAAUUCGAGCAGUUUUUUCUUUCGCAUUUUUCGGGGUCAAAUCGAAGUUAACGUGCGCGAAACACUGAGAUGAAAACAGUUUAAUCGUCGUUCGUAUGAAGAAAACGAGAAAAAUCGUGUGUUUUGUUUUUAUCGGUUUGCUUUGAUUGCUUGCUCGGUAGAAAAGGAAAACUCGGGUGACGUCAAUCGCAGCGAGCGGUGAUAAAUUAUUAUUGGUCAAGGGAAAAACUGUUGAACCAACGUGGUGCCGAAAAGAAUCGGGAAGUGUUUCUGGCCUACUGAGGUGGUGGGUGUGCGAUAAGAAUGAUAAGACGGAAAAAGGUGUCGUAAGUGAAUGGGACAUUUUUUGCGAAGAAAAACGACGUAACCGAGGUGGUACGUGAGAUUGGAUCGUCGCGGAGUGGCGACGACAGUGGAUGGCUAACAAUUUGAAGAGCCUGUUCGGAGGAAGUGGUGGUGCAAGUGCUGCCGAAGCGUCAGGCAUGGCUAUCGUGGUGGGAACCAGCGUUGGAUCCAGUGGUCAGUUACAGCAGGAUAAGCCACCACCGAUACAGCAGCAACAGCGGGAGAUGGCCGACCGGUCGCCCGUAGAAUACUCGUCUAUAGUCAGUACACCAAAGACUGUGCCGUCAUCCCUAGGAAGCAGCAUUAGUAGUAGCAGUAGUUCCAGCGGCAGCAAUACCCCUAUCACUACGAUCCCCGACCCGCACCAGCGACUCAACAAUCGAGAUGUAGUCAUCACCAGUCUGGUUGCAGGAGCAAUCGCCGGUGCACUGGCCAAAACCACGAUCGCGCCCCUCGAUCGGACGAAGAUCAACUUUCAAAUCAACAAAGACAUCCCCUACUCGUUCCGAGCGGCGUUGGCAUUUCUGCGCGACACGUACACCAAGGAGGGCUUCGUGGCCCUCUGGCGGGGAAACUCGGCUACGAUGGCCCGCAUUAUUCCCUACUCGGCGAUCCAGUUCACGGCGCACGAACAGUGGAAGAAGGUGCUGCGCGUCGAUCGACACGAAGAUACCAAAGUGCGAAGAUUCCUGGCGGGAUCGCUGGCGGGCAUUACGUCGCAGUCGAUGACCUACCCGCUGGAUUUGGCCCGGGCGCGGAUGGCCGUGACGGACAAGUACUCCGGCUACCGGACGCUGCGGGAGGUGUUCGUCAAGAUUUGGCAGUGCGAGGGACCCCGGACGCUCUACCGGGGCUACUGGGCGACCAUCCUGGGGGUCAUCCCGUACGCCGGGAUGUCCUUCUUCACGUACGAUACUCUCAAGAAAGAGUAUUUCUUACUCACCGGUGACACCACCCCAAACACUGUGAUAUCGUUGGUUUUCGGUGCGACGGCUGGCGUGAUCGGCCAAUCGUCGAGCUACCCACUGGACAUUGUCCGACGGCGAAUGCAGACCACGGGCGUGACGGCCAACUGCGCCGAUCGAUAUCUGACAAUCGGAACAACACUGGUCAAAAUCUACAGGGAGGAAGGCAUUAUCGGGGGCUUCUACAAGGGGCUCAGCAUGAACUGGAUCAAAGGUCCUAUAGCAGUCGGAAUCAGCUUUGCCACGUACGAUCACAUCAAGUACUUCCUGCGAGAGCUCAUCCAUCUGCGGGAUCCGGUGCGGUAAAAGUAGGAGCCGCUUGUUCAGCAUACACACUUACAUACACACAUACACAGUGCACAAACAAUAGCAAAGCGGACACACGUUCGAAUCUGUUGAAUCUGGUUGUCGCUAGUGGCAUUUUUGCGGUUAGAAUUUAGAAGGUUUUGUUAUUUUGCGGGGUGACUGGUUGUUGAUUGUGAUGUCUGUGAUAGGGAACGCGCGUGAAGUGAUAAGGUUCACUGUUUUGUCGGAAUUGUGUGUUGUUUUGUUUGAAUCGACUUCAAUUAUUUGAAAAGAUAGGAAACUGGUGCAAUUAGAUUGUGGAAAGUUUUUAUAUACAAAGAGAAAAAGAGUCGAUUAGUGUAUAGGUUUCGUCUGAAAACACAAGUGCAUUGCUUAUACUCAGAGCACCGUUAUACGAAAAAAAAAAAACGUUUGCGAAAGCACUCAAAUUCGUUUUAAGUUAAACUUUAUAUUUUAGAACAGAAAAGUAAACAGGUUAAGCAACCCUAAAUCUACUGACUUUGUUGAAAUUACCAAAAUUAUCCUCGAACAACGAUUGUGAGACACUAACGUCCAAAAACUAUAAUGGUUUGCAGUUCAACUGUAAACCAAACACUACUAAGUCAAAAAAAAAAUCGUGGUCUGAUGAAAUGACAAUAACCGUCACGUAUAUCGACGAACCUCCGCUAAAGUUACUAGUUCUUUGCGGUCCUGCAAGGUGCCAUUCUCCGUUUUCUAUCAGUUUACUUUCCUUGAAUUAGGUCGUCUCGCUUCAGGUAGGGAAUGCGUUUUAUAGGUUAGAUUUUGUGUAUAAUAGACUUAAGAGCUAGCUUGUUUAGAGAGAACACUUUAUUCAGUGGGAGAAACUUGUCCGUACUAUAGCUUUGUUCUGGGUAAAUCGUGAUGACUGUUGUCGGCAUUCUCAUUUGGAUCCUUAGCGCUUUACUUUGUUGGAUGAUUCGCGCACUCGGGUCAACGGUCAUUUAUUUAACGUCCAUCGAGUCUUUUCUCCCCGAAAAAGACCGGUUUAUAAAUUUGCAAAGAGUUUAA